UAGGAAACAUUAAUGGAUGGUGAAGUUAACAUAACAUAUAUAACUCUUGAUGGGCAUGUGGAAUUGCAAACAUACAGGUAUGUGUAUUUUACAAUCAUGUUCAUUGCGUACAUUGUAAUAGUAUCUUUUAAUUUCAUCAUUGUGUAUCUCAUCUGGACCAAGAAAAAUCUGCAUGAGCCCAUGUACACUUUCAUUGCAGCCUUACUUGUAAACUCUGUUGUCUUCAGCACUAAUAUCUAUCCAAAGUUUUUAAUUGACAUAUUAUCUGAAAAGCAAGUAAUAUCGUACUCAGCCUGCCUCUUACAGUUUUUUAUAUUUUAUUCUUUGGCCUGUUCUGAAUUCUUGCUUUUGGCAGUCAUGUCCUAUGACAGAUAUGUGUCUAUAUGUAAACCUCUGCAAUAUCCAGCUAUCAUGACCAAAGAAAGAGUGAGCAUUUUCCUGGUUCUGGCUUGGAUUGUGCCUGCUUGUGCGACUGCAUUUCCGGUAAUAAUGAGUGCUGAUAUGAAACUCUGUCAUUUCACUCUGAAUGGGAUUUUAUGUAACAAUUCAAUUUACAAUCUGCACUGUGAGAGCUCAGUAGCACGAUCUGUAUUUGGUGUUGUUGCUCUGAUAGUCGCUGCACUUUUCCCUCUGCUCUUCAUCCUUUUCACAUACACCAGAAUACUUAUAAUAACCUCUCGAUGUUCUAAAGAAGUGAGGAAAAAGGCUGCAGAGACCUGUCUACCACAUCUGCUGGUUCUAGUCAGCUACACUUUUUUGUGUAGCUAUGAUAACAUUAUUGCUCGACUGGGCUCUGAUUUUCCAAAAAUUGUUAGUUUCAUAAUGACCUUGCAGGCAAUUUUGUAUCAUCCCUUGUUAAAUCCAAUAAUUUAUGGUUUGAAGAUGAAAGAAAUAUCAAAGCAUUUGAAGAGAUUGUUCAGUCAAACCAAAGUGAUCUAA